GUUUUGCUUAGUGGACAACCCUAACAGAAACGUCUUGUUCCGUUUUGUUUAGAAAAAUUUAGAAGAGAUAAAUUGUUUUAAAAUGGAAGCAGUAACGGAAGAUAGUAAAAAAGAAAGCAUAGAAAAUGUGCAAUCUAACAAUACCGCCACAGAAACAACACCAACACCACCGCUUGAAGUAAAAAAGGGGAAACGAGAUGACCGCAGUAGACGAGAUGAUAAAAAUGUAGAACAGUUUAUGAAAUCCUUGAAUUCUGUUCCAACACUAGAGGAGAAACUAUCAUUAGUUUGUAAGAAGUAUGUGCAGACUGCGGAUGAUAAUAAAAAGAUGCAAUUUUACAUCAAGCAGUCGGACAAGCGCCACGCAAUGCUUUUGAAAGAGAAGGAACAGUUACAACUGGAGUUCAAUAAGACUGUUCUCGUUAAGUCUAAGUUGGAGAAUCUCUGCAGGGAAUUACAAAAACAGAAUAAGGCUAUUAAGGAAGAAUCUCUACUAAAAAUUCGUGAAGAGGAGGAACGUCGUAAGGAGACACAGGCAAAGUUUCAGAACACUCUGUCGGAGAUUACGGCCAUGCUGCAGCAGAAUAAUGAAAAGAAUGCCAAGCUCCGAGAUGACAACAUCAGCAUGAGCGAGAAAUUCAAGUCUGUUGUGCAGCAGUACCAGCUUAGAGAACAGCAGGUAGAUAAAAUGGCGAAGCAAAUGGCUUUAGAAUCCCAACUGUCGGAUGCGAAAAUGCAGAAAGCUAGCCUUGAACACCAAGCAGACAAGGAGAGGCUGCUAGCUGAGAUGGAGCAGCUAAAGGUCACCUUGGCACAGUACCGGGCCAAGAUUAUGGAGCUACAGGGAAAUGAGACCAAUUUGCGUAGUCAGUUAGCAGUGUACACGGAUAAGUAUGACGAGUUCCAAAGUGCGUUGGUGAAGAGCAAUCAGAUGUUUGGUGGUUUCAAGGAGCAAAUGGAUAUGAUGUCAAAGAAGAUCAAGAAAUUGGAGAAAGAGUCUCUAUCGUGGAAGACUCGGUGGGAGACGUCGCAGACAGCGCUGCUGGACAUGUGCGGCGAGAGACAGGCCGCCACGGAGCGCGCCGCCGCCGCCGCCAGGCAGCUCCACCACAUGCAGGGGCUCUGUCGGACUCUGCAGGCGGAGCGUACAGUACUACUGGGCACGCUGAAGGACAACAACAUAGAGCGGCCGGCGCUGCCCGCGCUGCCCCCCAUGCCGGCCCCGCCCCCGCCUGCACCCACGCCGCUUGCCCAGCAACCUGCCUCCAAUGCUAAGGUUGACGCGAUGGCAGCCAACUGCGCUCAACUGCGCCAGAGUCUCGCACACCUACAAAGUCAAUUAAACACCCUUACAAACAAGCAAAAAGAAGAAUCGCCUGCACCUGAAAAAGUAGAGAAACCGGAAAAACAGAAAAAAUCCAAAUCGAAAAAGAAUAAGGCAGAGAAAGCUAAAGCUGAAGCUGAAAAGGCAGCUGCUGCAAUGAAAGAUACCGAAAGUGAUGAGGCUACCGCUAAAGUUGACAACGUUGAAGAAGUUCAGCCCAGUGCCAGCGAAGAUACGACUGAUAUUGAAACUGAGAAGGUUGAUGAAAAAACUCUAGAGAAUCUAAUACAGGCAAUAAACAAUGCUAAUAUCAACCUUUGUGACUUAGAAGUUGUUAACGAUGAAAUUUUAGAGGACACACCACAGGAGAAUUCAGAAAAAGUAGAGAGUAAAGAAAUCGAAAGCCCGACAGUGGAAGCGAAGGAAUCAACGUCGAAUGAGAGUCCAGCGGCAUCACCGGUAGAGGAACCUUCAAAUGAAAGUACAGAAGUCACAAAUGUAGUAGACACAGUCAUAGAUACGAACAUUAAUGACGUUAAUGAAGUAUUAUCUAAGUUUUUAAAUGAAGUGAAAGAUGUAGCGACGCUAAACGGGUGUGGUGACGCUGAAGUUUCAAUCGUGGAAUCGUCAAAUGAAGAAGUUUCGCACGUGAACGAAGUGAAACCAAUACCAAGCGAUGCAUAAAACAAUUUGUGUAAAUAAAUUCUAGUGUUUUGGACUUUUCUACGUUGUUAUAUAAAAUCAUUACAUUUUGGAACGAGUUUUUAUGUUAGUAUCAUACACAUUUGUUAGGGCUGCGACAUUUUGUUACUAUGUGUAAACUAGAUCAAUAAAUUGCCAGUAUUAAGUUUAGUAUCAAACAGUGUAUGUAGAUUAUACAUAUGUUUUCAAUAAAUUAAUAUAUCAAUUAUUCAGUUUAUCAUUUUGAUAGACAUAACCAAAAAGAGAUUUUAACUUUGAAGGUUUUAUUCUAAAUGUUUAUUCCGAUUUCCCACUUUUCCUCAUUCAAGUACUACUUUAUUUUUAAUGUACUAAUUAAUGAGUCAUGAAAAUAAUUCGUAUAUUUUGAAGUAGGUACACACUAAAAUGCCAAAUGUGUAUGAUACAAUAAUAAUGUAAGUAUUGAUAAAAUAGUUCUCGUUAUAACCAGGACAUAAACAACCAUAAAUCAAUAUUUUAGUGUUAGUAAUCUCUGGUCACAGCCAGUAAGUUGCCUAUGAUUGAAAUAAGCAGGGUUUCUCAUGCACACUUUCAACUCAAAAAACUUCGAAACUACUAA